AUGCCGCCGAAGUAUACGUUGUCCGACUCUGAAGCUGAGGGUGAGGCACCCAGCACUCCCUCUCAUCAGAUUCUCGAGAAGAGCCUUCGUGACCAAGUGGCUGCAAUCUUCAAGGCGGGAAAUUUGGAGGAAUUGACCGUGAAGCGCGUGCGACUUGCUGCGGAAAAUUCACUAGGUCUCACAGCGGGGUACUUCAAGACUACAGGUGACUGGAAAGCGCGGAGUGAAGAUAUAAUCAAGGACGAGGUGGUGAGUCUUUGUUUGCAUUUGCAGUGCUUCUUUAGCUUGCGCAGCUUCAGCGGAAAGACACUGAUUGCGAUGCUUUUACAGGGAAUACAAGAUCAGGCAAUAUUAGAUCCACAAUCACAAACACCUUCUCCCUCGAAGGCCAAGCCUACUGCCCUUGCGAAACGAGCAAAAUCCGAGACCGCAACAAAGCCCAGGAAGCGCCAGAAGACUAAGACGCCGGUAUCCGAUGAGGAAGAUGAGCUACCGGCCCCGCCAUCCGAGACUCAUGAGGUCACAAAGCCCAAGAAUCGAUCGAAGGCACCUAUAAAAAAGGCACCCGGGAAGAAGGUCUCUGUACAAAAACACAAGGACAUGUCAGACGGUUCUGACUUCCCUGGUGAUGAGAGUGAUGAUGUCGCAAAGCCGAAUAAACGAUCGAGCACGCCAGUGACGAAGUCCCCUUUGAAGAAGUCGCCAGCAAAGAAGGCCUCCGUACCAAAACUCACCGAGGAUGUAUCAGAUGUUCCCGACGAUGCUUUGAAUGCCACAAAAAUGACCAAAGAUACCAAAGAUGAUUCGGAAAGCGAGAUGUCGGUGGUGCUUGACGAAGAGCCCCAGCCCAAGGCCCCACGCAAGCGACAAAGAAGUGCCGGAGAAACUGCAACCAAGACGAAGAAGAAAGCGACCAAAGCCACCAAAGCCAAGGAGGAGGAUAUUAGCCCGGACCAGGCUGAAAUCAAACGACUACAAGGAUGGCUCGUCAAAUGCGGGAUCCGUAAGCUUUGGGGUAAAGAGCUGGCGCCAUAUGACACCCCCAACGCCAAAAUCAAGCAUCUCAAGGGGAUGCUUCAGGAUGCUGGAAUGACUGGCCGGCCAUCUCAAGAGAAGGCAAACCAGAUCCGCGAAGAACGGGAGCUGAAAGCGGAUUUAGAGCAGAUCCAGCAAGGCGCAAAACAAUGGGGUGCUGUGAGUGACGAGGAUAAUGAUGAGGAGGCGAAGCCUCGGCGUAGGCUGGGUCGGGGACGACAGUCGCUUGCGUUCUUAGAGAGUGAGGGCGAAGAGACUGAUUGA